CCCGGCCGCCAGCAUGGUGUUGCUGGCCGGGCCCGGGCCGGAGGGCGGCGGGGCGCGCCGCGUGUCCCCGCAGACGCCGUCCCCACCCCGGGACGCUCAGACCGGGGACGACCCUGCCGACUACGAGGAGUACGAGGACUUCUCGUGUCUGCCCGACACCCGCAGCAUCGCCUCGGACGACUCCUUCUACCCUGUCGGAGGCGAGGAGGAAUACGGCACCGCGAAUGCGGAGAGCGUCCCAGAGGGCGUCCCGGAGGAGGCGACCCUCCUGCGCGCCGCCUGCGCCAACGACGUGGGGCUGCUGAGGGCGCUGGUGCGGCGGGGGCCGAGCGCCGAGGAGGUGCAGGAGACCGACCGCAACGGCCGGACUGGCCUUAUUGUCGCCUGCUACCACGGCUUUGUGGAUACUGUGGUGGUCUUAGCCGAGUGCCCCCACGUUGAUGUCAACUGGCAGGACAGCGAGGGGAACACGGCCCUAAUCACAGCCGCGCAGGCAGGGCACGCCACUGUCACCAACUACUUGCUGAACUAUUUUCCUGGCCUCGAUCUUGAGAGGAGGAACGCGUUCGGGUUCACGGCCCUGAUGAAAGCCGCCAUGCAGGGCCGGACGGAGUGCGUCCGAGCCCUGAUGCUAGCAGGGGCAGACGUUCAUGCCAGAGACCCCCGCCGUGGGAUGUCGCCCCAGGAGUGGGCUGCUUACACAGGCCGGUUGGAGGCCGUCCGCCUCAUCCAGAGGCUGCUGGAGCGACCCUGCCCGGAGCAGUUUGGGGAAAAGUACAGACCGGAGCUGCCGCUGCCCCCGGAGGCCACUCUGAAGCCCACGGGCUCCAAAAACUGCUUGCAGAGGCUCACGGAGCUUGUGCGGUCCGUUCUGACCUCCCGCUCACGCCAGGGCCUGGAGGAUGGGGGCGUCCUGGACCACAUGGUCCGGAUGACCACGAGCCUGUACAGCCCCGCCGUGGCCAUCGUCUGCCAGACUGUGUGCCCCGAGAGCCCCCCCUGUGUGGGGAAAAGGCGGCUGGCGGUGCAGGAGAUCCUCGAGGCUCGCGGGAGCCGGGCUGCGCGUGCCCGGGAGAGUGACAGGAUAGAGGGCUCUGAGCAGCCGUUCCGGACCUCGCAGGCUGCGGGGGUCUCCAGAGAGGGGGCACCGCAGGCCAGCCUCCCGGCCCCGCACCUGCCGGGGGCCCCGCGGAGGGCCAGCCUCCUGCCCCUGCAGCUGCUGCGAAGGAGCAGCGUUCGGCCCGGCGUGGUCAUCCCCCGCGUGCGCAUCAGCAAGGCGCCCGCGCCCACCUUCCAGCCCGAGCGCGCCUCCGCCAAGGGCAGCACCAAGGACAGCGCCCACCUGCAGCUCCCCAAGUGGCGGUACAAGGAGGCCAAGGAGGAAAAGCGCAGGGCGGAGGAGGCGGAGAAGCAGCGGGCGGCGGCGGCGCAGAAGGAGAAGCGGGCGCCCUCCUGGAGGAAAAGGACGUGAGGGCUGAAGCGUGUGAGGUGGGGGAGGAGGCAGUGGGGCUCCGCGCUCGGAGAAGGACGCCACUCUCCUGCCUUCACCCCUCCCGAAGCGCGGCGCCUCCCUGCAUGUCCCCAGCCGGGGGCCCAAACACGCUGCGUUUGUUCAGGCUGCACCGUUGAGUGAUGGGGCAGGGCACCAGUCGACUAGCCUAAGACCAGUUCCCCUAGAGAUCAGUACACCUGGCCGGCAACUCUGCCCCAGAGCCUACCUUUUGAACCUCACUUGAGAAAUUUAGAAGAAUUUUGUAUUUUUAAUUAUGAUCAAAUUUGCAGCAUUGAUGGGCUGUUUGUAUUUAAGACGGUUUUAAUACAUUUGCCCGAAGACCCUUUGUUUA